AUGGCCGUCGCCGACCUUCUCCUUCAUAAGACGCCGAGGCGCGCGCCCGGCAGAGCGUAUUUCGCCAUCGCUCGCCGGUAUAGCAUCAUGUAUUACUCAACCUCUUCCAGCCAAAGAAAUUGCGGCGCUGUCGUUGUCGGCGGCGGGCCCGCAGGCAUCACGGUGCUCGGCAACCUGUUGGAGCAGCAGGACAAGCUUCCCGCCCAGCGCCUGUUCUGGGUCGAUCCGCACUUCCGUGCCGGCCGCGUGAAUGCGCGCUACAGAGAAGUGCCUAGCAACACCGCCGUCAAGCUGUUCCUGUCAUGGGCCGAAGCCACCGCGCCGCUGCGCCAGAUCGUCGAGAAGACCCCCCAGCCCAAUGCCGCCUCUGCUCUCCGCGAGCUGCCCCAGGACACGGGCUGUGAACUCAGCAAGGCCGCCGACCUGUGCCUGAUGCUCACCGACGGCUUGACCCGCCAUGAACAAGUGCAGCCGCAGAUGGGCAAGGUCACAGCCGCCGUCUUCAACAAGCAAACGAAGCACUGGACCGUGUCCCUCGACGAUGGCGCCCCGGUCGUCACCCCGAACGUGGUGCUCUGCACCGGCUCCAGCCCCAUCACGCAGCCGCUGCCCAUCUUCGACCAGCUGCCGGACCUGAGCCUGCGCUCGCUGCACCUCGACACGGCCCUGACGCCGACCAUCCUCGCCAAGACGUUCGACCCGGAGGAGCCCGCCACCGUCGCCGUUAUCGGCGCCUCGCACUCGGCCAUCCUGGUGCUGCGCAACCUCUACAACCUCGCCAGCACCUCCCACCCCAACCUGCGCAUCAAGUGGUUUACCCGCAACCCGCUGCGGUACGCCGAGUACAUGGACGGCUGGAUCCUGCGCGACAACACGGGCCUGAAGGGCGAGGCCGCGCAGUGGGCGCGCGAGAACCUGGAGGAGGAAAAGUUCGCCGCCAGCCCGGUCAGCCAGUACAUCAAGAAGGUGUGGACGGCCCGCGGCGAGGAGGAUGACAUAUACAAGCGCGAGCUGCCCGCCUGCUCGCACGUCGUCCAGGCCAUCGGCUACAAGCGCGACCCGCUCCCGCGCCUCGCCAUCACCGACGGCGCUGGUGCCCCCGCCGAGCCGCUCGACGUCAUCUACGACAACCUGACCGGCCGCUUCGUCAGGAGCGUCCCCGCCGGCAGCGCGGCGACUAGCAUGGCUUCCACGGCUUCUUCGUCGGAUCCCGCAAACGCCGAUGAGAAGGAGUACGUGCCUGGGCUCUUCGGCGCGGGCAUCGCUUUCCCGGAGCGCGUUACGGAUCCGUAUGGGAAUGUCGAGUACGCGGUCGGCUUCUUCAAGUUCAUGAAGUUCGCCAAGAGGGUUGUUCCGGAGUGGGUGAUGAGGACUUGA